AUCCAUCGGCGAAGGAGUUUGUGCCAUCGUCGCGUGCUGGUGUCUUGGCAACGGAUUGGCGGCAGGCCGGUGGUCACCGGCUAUCGGCGGACGCUCCCGUUUUCGUUUCAUCGGCGGUCGGCGGAGUAUCACGGUAAUUGUGGUAGCGGCGGUGAUGGUAGUAUAAAGGAUUCUAGCAGUGAUGGGCCUUCUGGUAAUCAGAAUAAUCAACAGCAACGUCGAAGAAGGAAUGGGUAUAAUCAGGGGAGGAGGAUGAGUGAGAGAGCUCGGAGAGCUCAGAAGGAGGAGAGUAUUAGGAGGACUGUAUAUGUUUCUGACAUUGAUCACCAUGUCACUGAAGAGCAUCUCGCUGAAUUGUUUUGUUAUUGUGGAAAAGUGUGCACUGGAGCUAAGAGCGAAGAACAAUCGCUAUUAGCAUCAAGAAAGGAGUUCAAGGUUCAGAAUAUUGUCUGCACAUGUGACGUCCAGUUUCUGAUUAUACUUGAAGGCCUUGCUUGUUCCCACAAUCAUUUCUGCAGUUAUGAACCAGAAAUCUUUCCAGGCCUCAUUUACAGAAUGAGGGAACCAAAGACGGUGCUUCUUAUCUUCUUUUUGGGAAAAGUUAUACUGACAGGAAGCAAGGUGAUCAUCUAAAUUCUGAAACACUUGCAAAUUGGAAUUGUGAUGAA